GGGUCGUGCUUAGAUUUCGUGUUCGGGCGACUAGCAAGAAGCGAUACAAAUAACAUAUAAAUAUCUAGAUUUAUGAUAAUAUAUAAACUCGAUUUAUAAAUAUAUUAAAUAAUAUUAAAAAUAACUUAUUGUGUGCAACUUGCAGUUGUGAUAUUAAAUUCGCAUUCGGGUAAUUAUCAGUUCGUGCAGAGUUGUGUUUGUGCUCAUCUCUAGCUUAAAGAUUUCAUUCAACAAAACAAUUGACACAGCUUCGGAUUUAGCCAAAAAAUACUCAAUACGACGUGAUUCUGAGUGUUCGUCGAUGUUUAACCAAAAAUAGACGGCAACAGAUAACGGACUUUGGACCCCAAUUGUGCCGGCAAAUGCAGUCGCUGUGAGUUGAAAUCAAGAUUUCGUUGUUUCGCAGACAACAUCACUGGCAUUUGCAGGCCAAUCAGUAAACGCUUCGCACUGCUGCCAGCAACAGGUUCCGCUGAGCCACUUAUUCACUCGCACUCACACUAAAACUGCCGUUUGCUGUUGCCAGCGCCACGACAGCGAUAUUUUGGAGUUUGCUGAUUAUUCCUGCUGACCGUUCAGUUUUAGCAGUCUUUCAAAUUCGGCUAACAUGGCAGUUAAAGUUGAAAAUGUGGAAAGUGCGACCACGGAGCGCAAGGCCAAUCCGGUUAAGUCGUUCAUCACUGGUGGCUUUGGUGGCAUUUGCAAUGUGCUAUCUGGACAUCCGCUCGACACGAUUAAGGUGCGCUUGCAAACGAUGCCACGGCCACCGCCUGGGGAGCAGCCCAUGUAUCGCGGCACCUUCGACUGUGCCGCCAAGACGAUACGCAACGAGGGCGUCCGUGGUCUCUACAAGGGCAUGUCGGCUCCGUUGACGGGCGUGGCGCCCAUUUUUGCCAUGUGCUUUGCCGGCUAUGCGCUUGGCAAGCGUUUGCAGCAGCGCGGCGAGGAUGCCAAGCUCACCUAUUCCCAAAUCUUUGUGGCCGGCUCGUUCUCUGGCAUAUUCUCCACAUUCAUCAUGGCGCCCGGUGAGCGCAUCAAAGUGCUCCUCCAAACCCAGGGCACCGGCCCGGGUGGCGUUAAAAAAUACAACGGUAUGCUCGAUUGCGCCGCCAAGCUGUACAAGGAAGGCGGUCUGCGCAGCGUAUUCAAAGGCAGCUGUGCCACCAUGCUCAGGGAUCUGCCUGCCAACGGACUCUACUUCUUGGUCUACGAGUAUAUACAGGAUGUUGCCAAGGCGCAAUCGAAAACGGGUGAAAUAAACACAGCCUCCACAAUAUUUGCAGGCGGUGCUGCUGGCAUGGCCUAUUGGAUUCUAGGCAUGCCUGCCGAUGUCCUCAAAAGUCGUCUACAAUCGGCACCGGAGGGAACCUACAAGCACGGCGUGCGCAGCGUGUUCAAGGAUCUGAUUGCUAAGGAUGGUCCUCUAGCUCUCUAUAGGGGCGUUACGCCCAUUAUGAUACGUGCCUUCCCAGCAAAUGCGGCUUGCUUUUUCGGCAUUGAGCUGGCGAAUAAAUUCUUUAAUUUGGUAGCACCAAGUUUCUAAGGGGGAAUUUUGUAAACUGUUUAAAUUUGUCCGAGAUAGUUAAAAGGGAUUUUAUUAUGUUCACUUUAAAGCAUAAGAGUCAGAUAGUUUUGUUAAAAAAUGUAUGAAAAUAAAUGCAUAUUUUUCAUAAUCUUAA